CGAAUUAUAUUAUCUUUAUAAUGGUGGAAUUUCCUGAAUUAGUAUGUAGGUAAAGUAGAAUUUGGUGGAGAUAAAAGCACAGAAGAUGGGAUUCUCUAUUAAAGGGACAAUCCUCAAUUCUUUUUCAAAUAUUUUGUCACCAUUCUAUUCCAUUCGGUAGACUGUUCAAUUUUUUAUUUGUCAUGAUCUUGGAGGGACGAAACUCUUGAUUUUUCAUAUUGUUUUUUCAAGUGUGGGCAAGGAAUUACAGAUGAUGAAUUAAGUCCAGCUUGUGUAUCUUCCUUACUGGGCAUCAGGAUUGAGGGAGUCGCUGCAGGUUUGUGGCACACAGUUUGCAUAUCAGCUAAUGGAGAUGUGUAUGUAUUUGGUGGAAAUCAGUUUGGGCAGUUGGGAACUGGCAGUGAUCAGGCUGAGACCGAACCCAGGCUCCUAGAUGCUCCAAUCUUGGAAAAUGAAAAUGCAAAAGUUAUCACAUGCGGUGCUCGUCAUAGUGCCAUAAUCACAGGUAUUCUCUUUAUGCAUCUUUUAAGAUAAAUCAAGUCUAUCACCUCUUGUGCUUGAGCUUAAAGUGUCGCCUGGAAGGCCCCAUCUGAAAGACUGAAACAGUAAGGUUAAAGCUAUGAUGCCGCAACACACACACUCACUCCAAAACCUACCUAUAAAGGAAAGCUGGCUCCUAGUAAAUUUUUUCUAUCGGAUUUGAAGUCUAGAAUAUAUACCUUGUUUUUAGAAAAAUGGAUAUGCAUCUUGACUUGUUAUAUGCUUCUGUUGCUUGAAGAUGAUGGAAAAAUAUUCUCCUGGGGAUGGAACAAGUAUGGCCAGCUUGGCCUGGGCGAUGUGGUCGAUCGCAACAUUCCUUCUCAAGUUACAAUUGAAGGUGUCAGCAUUAAAAACAUUGCAUGCGGAUGGUGGCACACGCUGCUCCUGGCUGAGUUACCCACUUGACUUGAGUACCCCUUCACCUCUUACAGCUCCUGGAACAGUUUUGUUAGGUUAGUUUCUUUGGAUUUUAUGAAUCACCCCAAGCAUUAUGCUCUCAUUCUUUUUAUAGUUGAGAGUCUUUGCCAUGAUUAGGCACCUACUGUUGCUUUCAGCGCGACUUGGGUCCUUUUUGUGAUUUUUUUUUUCUCAUAAAAAACAAAACUACAAGAACAAGAUAAUGCCAAGUGGACUUGCAAGUAAUAAUGGAGAAGAAGUAUUUAAUUUCUUCAAGGGGGUUGCAAAAAUUCGGACCUAAUGUUCAGUACGUCCAUCACAAUUGCUCAUUUCGUGAGUCUCAAGGUCUACUUAUUUGACAAUUGUAGUGAACAUCUAGUGUCAGGACCUUUUAAUUUUCAUAUCUCCCUUCUUCAAAAGUCAAAAGCUCAAAGUCGUCUCAUAUCUGUCAAAUAUUUCUAGAAGGGUUGAAAAUAUUUUGGAGUCCACACUAAGCCAAAAUGGGGCUGACGUUAUGGCCGUUGACUUU